CGUCUUGCAGUUCAGUGCUGGUUUGCCUUGCGUCGCGUAAGGUCUGUAUCGAUGGUUGUCUAGUGCGCUCUCAAUCUCGAAUAUAUUUGUAUACGCAAAGGCUGUGAACCCAACGGUGGGUCUCUCAUUUGUUUCUUAUCAAAUACCUGUCUUGAAUCGAACUGUGUAGUUGAUGCUGAACUUAGUGCGGCUUGAAGUGUGUUAAAUUGGAACGGAUCAUUUGAGAAAAUUGAGUUAUAUUUUACGCGAGAAGAAUAUGGUGUUUUAUGAUUAUAAUUAGUUAAUCCAAUAGGCAUACGAGAUGCGUCUUUCGGCAAGGAUUAAAUGUUUCAGAUAUUUGGUGUAUGCUUAUGUCGUUUUGAUCUCGAUCUGUGGCGGCGCUCAGCUAGUUAUUGGCGCGUUCUUAUUAUGGACCCAUCAACAGUAUUCGACGUUAGUUAACGAUCAGUUUUGGCAGCCGUUCGUGGUAUUAAUAGCACUAGGGCUGGUCUCACAGUUGCUUUGCUAUCUCGGCUGGACUGCUACGAGUAAAAAGCACCGAUGCUACUUAGGAACGUUUUGCGCUUUUCUAGUGAUACUUAUUGUGACUCAGUUUCUCAUCAGUGGUUGGGCGAUUGCAACCAAAACACAGCUCAUCACACCGGCCGAGCUAGCCAUCGAGGCCAAUUUCGGUCAGUUCAUCGCGCUAAAUGGCGCUUCUAAAGAUCAAACGCACAUCUGGAACCGAUUGCAGCGGGACUUGCAAUGCUGUGGGUUCAAUGGAAUCCAUGACUACAAAAAAGUGGGUGUCCCGUGGUCUUGUUAUGAUCCUAUCAACAGUAAGGUAUAUAGUGUAGGAUGUAUGCACAGUUUCGUCAGAAGUAUCGAGGUCAACAUGGUCCGAGUAGCGAUAGUGGCGAUAGCUGCAGCCCUUAUACAGAGUCUUGGCAUUUUCUGUGUCAUCCAACUGGUGAUGUUGCUCAAGGAGCCGAAACUGAUGCUUCCCACCGGGAAUAACCAGUCGCUCCGGGUUAAACGAACCCGGGAACUAGUGCCACUAUCGUCGGAAGCUGCCACCACCAGCAGUACCCGCACCAUGGCUUCGACAAUUCCGACUAUGACAAUCCACAGCAGCAGCAGUACAAAACCGCCGAUUGCAACGAAACCAGUCGUGCCUAAAAUAGAACAUCCCAUAAUUAAAUGACUGCCCCAGUAUCCUCGGAUCGACCAAGCUGCAUUUUUAUUUUUUAUUUAAUUUAAUAUCGUAUAUAUUUUAACGCCUCCAAAAGCAGUAAUCGACCGGGACAGUAACAUGCCCUCAAACUCAACAAAACACCAGCCAACAGCCAUUUCGUCCAUAUGUUCGUUAUUACAAUUAGUGAUGAACGUGUACUUAUAACACUGCAUAUUUAGUAGAUAUAUAGGUUUUAAGGUUCAUCGACGUAGUUGUUAUCUCUUUUUAACAUAGCUACCGCGCAUCAAUCAGAUUUAGGACUAGUAAGUAAGUUUCGAACGUAUUUAAAUCGGCGAAUGUACUUAUAUAUACUACAACCCAAGAAUAAUUUUCAAAUAGAAACCAACUCAAAUACGGACUGCAUAGUAAA